AUGGCCGACCCGUUUGACUCGGCUCUCGACCUACUCCGACGUCUCAACCCCAAACACACGACCGCACACCUAAACUCCCUGAUCCACUUGGCACCCGACCUAACUGAGGACCUACUCUCCUCCGUCGACCAGCCCCUCUCGAUUCGGCGGUGUAAGCAAACCGGCCGUGACUACCUUCUCUGCGACUAUAACCGUGACGGUGACAGCUACCGCUCUCCAUGGAGCAACGAGUUCGACCCGCCGCUCGAAAGCGGUGCUGCUUCUGCCGCCAGCUUACCGUCCGAGAAGGUCCGUAAAAUGGAGGUCCGCGCCAACGAAGCCUUCGACCUCUACCGAGACCUCUACUACGAGGGCGGUGUUAGUAGCGUCUACUUCUGGAACCUCGAUGACGGCUUCGCAGGCGUUGUACUUUUAAAAAAGGAGGCCAGACCAGGCAGUGCUAGUGAGGGCGCUUGGGACUCGAUUCAUGUCUUCGAGGCGAUCGAUCGAGCCCGUUUCACCCAAUAUAACCUAACAUCCACCGUUAUUCUAUCGCUAUCUACCAACUCAAACAGCCUCGGAGACAUGGAUCUCUCAGGCAACAUGACCCGCCAGAUCGAGAUCGAACUGCCGGCCGAGAGCGAGGAGCAGCAGAUUGCCAAUAUCGGGAAGCUCGUAGAGGAUAUGGAACUCAAGAUGCGAAACCUACUGCAGGAGGUCUACUUCGGAAAGGCCAAGGACGUGGUUGGCGACUUAAGGAGUGUAGGAAGCUUGAGCCAGGGUGCAAAGGAUAGAGAAGCUCAUAAGGAGCUCGUCGGAAGCAUGAUGCGAUGA